AGUGAGCGACAGAAUGAUCAGUCCCGGUUAAACAACCUCUGGGGGUAGAGCUGCAGGUUGGCCCAGCACAAUGUGCUUCCCUGCCUCCAGCCUCCUGCAGGAGAAUGAAACUGGAAGGGGAGGGGCGGUAAUACUAUUCUGAGUAUAAUGAUUGUUUAGUGGGAGUGACUCAGUGAUAUGGUCUCCAAGGACCUUUUUGUGAAGAUUAGACUGUUACUGCAUAACUGAAAAACCAUCACUCAUGACAGUAUUCUUGUAUUAUUUUGUUCUAUGACACUACCAGUAUGUAACCUCACCAUGUUGCAAGAUAAAAUAGCUUCUUUUUUUGUAGAGUGUGUAAUAGUGUUUUUUUGUAGAGUGUAUUUUGAAAAAAAUAUUCAUAUGUCAGUUGAACACUUGUGUCCCUCUUUUAACCCUGACUAAACUGCUUGCUUUUUAUUUCUGGUCCCAGCUGUAGAUCAGCUGUCCAGUUUGAUGUCAUCAGGGAGCAGUAAUGGAGCCAUCAGACUGAACCCAGCCAGAUCUGCUCAGGACACAUCAAAUGAAGAACAAGUAAUAAGUGCAAAUAUAGGAAAUUCCAAGCACACAACCCAAACAGAGCAGGACUUUCAAAUACCCAUCACCAAUAUAGAUGACAUUUUAUCAGAAGUGAGCCUCUGUACUGAUAAAGAUACACACACAACAUCCUCCUACGAAAAACUAUCCAAUGAGUCUGUAUCCUGCUGCUCAAGCCAAAAAGGUGUAACCUUGUCUGACAAAGUUGGCAUUCAGGUUCCAAUACCGUCCAGUCCCCUGGACUGUUCCAUCUUGGAUGCAGGAAAUGAAAAAGGUGCCAUCCUCCCUGUGGAGACAACACAGGAAAAGAGCUCUGCUGUCUUCAGUGGGUCAAGUCUGGAAAUUCCUGAUGCUGGUUCUAUAUAUAUGUACCCCAUAGGAGAUAGUGAUUCAAACAGUGACUCCAGCACUGACAGCAGUGAAAUGGUCAAUAAGAUAACUGGCAGCAGUUUUAGUCUUCAUGAGUCGUCUUCAGAUGAGGAAGAAGUGGAGUUUUGUUCCUGUGAUGCCCAACAAUCUGCUGCUGGUGGACACUUUCAUAUAAGCCACUCAUCGAAUGGGUCUUCACCUUUUCAGCCUGCUAGCAGUCAAAAUACAAACCUGGAUCAGACUGUUGAUGUGUUGCAGGUCUUUUUUGAUGUGUCACUGACAAGCAAAGAAAACUCUGUUUCAACAACCCAAUGCUCACAGCUUUCUCAGUUAUCAGGGGUCUUCCCUACAGAGUCUUUUCUACAGAGUCAGUCUUCCAACAGUACAAUACCUGUGUCUUCUAUAGAGGGCCACAUUAAAACCUUUGACAAAGUUAAAGCAUGUGUGGCAUCUAGUUCUGGAAGCCUAAGCAUUUACAGCAGCCCCUCCCCACCAGAAACCUGCAGUGUCACUCAGGGUUCUAAUGCAAAUUUACAUGCAGAUGCCUCACUGACCUCAGAUUGGCUGAAGCAUUUGAAUACACGAACACCCAGUUCACUAACAAUGGAAUCAGAGACCUCAAUUUCAAGCACCAGCAGAUUGCAUACAAGAGUGUCAGCAACAAUUUUAAACAAAGAAAAGGUCCUGGAUUGUAGAGGUAAUUUAAAACCUCAUGCUAGAUCCUUGCUUAAGAAGACCUCUAAGCUAAAACUUCUUGGUAAUUCAGACUGUCCUGUGUGGAGUAGUAACUUAAAACUUCAGGUUGAAACUCAAAUCCAACCAAACACUAGUGCUCCCAAACUGAAGGGCCUAAGCAUUAAGUGUAAGAACAAAUCACCAGAGCAGCCUCUCCAGCCCAAGAGUGAAAGUCCAGUUCCUUCAAACACCAAUGCUUCCAUGAACCAGUCAACAAAAUUACCACCAACGGCAACCAUGUCAAGCCUUUUGAAGACCAACCAGCCUGAUGUGAACAGCGGCCUUACUGUGCCCAAAGUAAGUGAAAGAAAACAAGUUACAGCUGAACAAAGUCCUUCAGGUGGCACAUUACAAACUGUACAGCUGGCCAAGGAGAAGGACAUCGAUUUAGGUUCUACAGCAACCGCCAAAUCACAGGGCUGGUCUCACCUUCCUCCCACGCAGAGAACAUUUAUAGAGGUUCGACUGUCAGCACACAAUGAAACACUUAAUUCAAAAGUCUCCAAACCCAUUCAACGAGGCACAGAUGGAAGACUAGCACCCAUGCUUUCUCCUGCAAACUCCACAGAUGGCAUGAUCAGUAACACAGUAUUUAAUUCACUGUGUUCUACCAAAGAAGCUCAUUCAACCACAAGUAAUGGUUCAAAACCCAGUACUAUUGUGGAAAGAACUGAGACCCUAAAGUCCAGCACAUCCAGACUGUACAUAAAGACAAUGGAAAGACAAAGCUUCUUGACAGACACUGCCUUGACUGCAGACUACAAUCCCUUCUCUGUCAGACAUAAGAUAAAGUCCUUUGAAAACCUGACUAAUUUUGACAAGCCAGUGGCUAAAAGCAGUGACAUUCACUCAUAUGCUCUGGCAUAUAGAGCCUCGCUUAACCAAAGGAUUGCUGGUUAUAUGGGCUUGGUUAAUUCUAAGAACUGCCAGGCACAGCAAAGAAAUUUAAGUUCAUAUGUGGAUAAUUUAAUCCCUACCACACCCUGCUCACUUUUUCUUGGUAAAUCUCCAUCUAGCAUUGCACUGAUAAACCUUGAGCUUCCACAGUCAAGGUGUAACACAGCUCCCGUGACUGAGGACAAUCCUGAGGCUGAUAUUCAAAGAGCUUCAGUUGGGAUUACAACACAGACUCCUCAAGAACAACAGAGAAAACAUGACAGACUCCCCAACAGCAGGUUGCGGCAGCUCAGGGCUCUUAGUAUGCCUGAAUUGGAAAAACUAUGUACAGAGGACUUUAAUAGAGGACAUGGUACUGUCAGAGACAAAACUGAGCAUGGCAUACAUCCCACUAUACAUUCGAAAGCCACAGUGACUGAGAGCUUUCCAUCUUUUUCAACCCUAACAAAAGUGGAUGUGAACAGGCUGAGCCGAGAUGACCUUAGAUCCACAGAAGAGACUCCUCAAGGAACCCUACAGACCCAUGGACAACUGCCUGGCUGGUCCAUCAGUUUUAAAGAGCUGGCUACUUCUCCUGUCAGUCAGUGUAAGCUGCAAACACUUUCUUCCCUGACAGUUAAAUCAUACCUGUCUGCCCUGCUUCAGGAGGCCAAGGCCCUGUCAGAGGUAAACCAUAACACUUACCUUGUUUUCCUGAGUAAAGAAGAAGGCUCAGGACUUGGCUUUAGUAUUGCUGGUGGCGUCGACCUUGAGCAGAAGGCAAUAACUGUUCAUCGGAUCUUCAGCAAAGGUGCAGCUAGCCGCGAAGGCACAAUCCAGAGAGGUGACAGUAUUUUAUCCAUAAACGGCACAAGUCUGGAGGGUAAAACCCAUGGAGAGGCUGUGUCUUGCCUUCAUCAAGCCAGGCUGUCCAAUCAAGCCUUAGUAGUCAUUAGCAGAGACAUGGGCUGUGUCUCUGACAGACAUAACAUGUGUUUUGCUAGGAAGAAGUCUGUGGAGGCGGAAGCAGGUCCAGACGAUGCUUUAACAGUGGAGCUUGACAAGUCUUCUGCUGGCCUGGGCUUCAGUCUGGAGGGGGGAAAGUCUUCAAGCCACGGAGACAGGCCUCUCAUUGUCAAACACAUCUUUAAAGGAGGCGCUGCAGAGCUGUCCGGGCUCAUUGAAGUUGGCGAUGAGGUCCUGUCAAUCAAUGGCUGUUCUCUGGAGGGCCUCAUGCACCAUGAUGCCUGGAAAAUCAUCAGAGCCACUAACGAAGGACUCAACCACCUCCUCAUCCGCAAGCCCAAAAUAUGACUGUAGAGAGAAAAUAUAAACCUCCUGAGAAGGACCAAUGUUAAACGCCGCCCCAAAACAGGGUAUGGGCAGGUCAGAUUGGAUGGACUGCUAACUAUUGCGGUGUACAGUGCUAAUUGUGAUUUUUUUCUGAUAGAAAUUGCAGUUUGUUUACAAUAGAUUUACUAUGGAAUACAAAAGAAAACAAUAUUGUUGUCAGUUCUUUCUUUUUUUAAAUAAAGUAAUGUCAAGAUCUA